AUGGUCCGCAAUAUUAUUGUUCUCGGUGGUAACACCCAUUCCGAGCUGAUUGACAGCGUCUGCAGCAACCUCGGUCUGAACCCUUGCGAACGGGUUCUCACCAAGUUCUCUGUUGGUGAGAGUCGUUGUGAGAUCAAGGACUCAGUCCGUGGUAAGGAUGUCUUUAUCAUCCAAACCGCCUCUGGCUCAGUGAACGACGCUUUCAUGGACCUGUGCAUUAUGAUCUCUGCCUGCAAGACCGGCUCUGCUAAGAGAGUCACUGCCGUCAUGCCUUUGUUCCCUUACUCAAGGCAACCCGACGUCCCUUACAAGAAGGCCGGUGCGCCUCUCUCGAAGUCCUCUGCAGAAACCCCCAAGAACGGCUACACCUUCGAAAGCGUCCCUGCGACCCCCGGCCCCGGCAUUGCGCGCACUACUGGCCUCCUCAACGGCAUUGACGGCAUCGCCUCCAAGCUCGCUAAGAGCAAACUUAACGACGAGAGGACCAAUGGUGUCAACGGCGACUACUUCAAGAACGGCAAUGGCGAGCCCAAGACCAAUGGCCGCAGCCACCACGAUUCGAUCUCAUCGCAGGUCAGCUACACCACCCACGACUACGAGAACCAGAGCCGGAUCAACGGCUUCGAAGCGAAGCCGGGUUACAAGCAAUGGGUUGCUCAAGCCGGCACUCUGGUUGCUGACCUCCUCACCUGCGCUGGUGCGGACCAUGUGAUUACGUAG